CUUGCUUCCAAAAGUGAAGGCAAGCCUCAAAGGCAGGCAGCUGAAGAUCCAGCCCGACGGAAAACUGUAUCUGCCUCGUUGGAAAAGUUGUACCUGGGAAUUGCGCUGUUGUUUCACUUUCUUAGUCUGUUGCGUAGCCGGUGGCCACCACCUGGAGCUGAGAUACUCUUCGCUCAAAGCCUGACAUCUAAGAACAUCUGUGAAGUAAAUACAAGGUGGUUUGAACGCGUGCCAGGUUGAAUUGACUGUAUGCCAAACAAAACCGUGGAGAAAGAACGAAGGGAACACGCCUGGUUAAGGUCAAGGAGAUCUGAAGAAACUUAGAGAUGGCCACUAUACCCGUUGUUACAACCCAACCUCAGUAUGUUGUGCCUGUUUCGUCCGUAUCGAGAAAUACGUGGCAGACGGGCCUGAUGGACUGUUGCACUGACUGUGGCGUGUGCUUGUGCGGGAUGUUCUGCUUCCCGUGUCUCGCGUGCCAGGUGGCUGGCGACAUGAGCGAGUGCUGCUUGUGCGGUACCAGCGUGGCGAUGAGGACCCUCUACCGCACCAGAUACAAUAUCCCGGGGUCCAUUUGCUCUGAUUACUGCAUCACCUUGUGUUGUCCUGUGUGCUCUGUUUGUCAAAUAAAGAGAGAUAUUAACAAGAGGAGAGCACUUGGCAUAUUCUGAUCGGCGCCGGGCUCCGACGCUCCUGUGCCCGUCCAGCGGUGGAUGCUGCCAGCCUCACCGCGUGCUACAGAGUUGCUACAUGCCAGAGUCACCAGCUGCGCUUUUGGUUUGGAAACGUGCCACGGACGUUUCUGCUUGAUCGCUAUCUAUUCCUCUUUUCCAUGUUACGGUCAUCAAUAAACCGCAGCACUUGGCUUCGCUUGCA